GGUGGCCAUAGUUUAGUCGCAGCAGUACAGGCUCCACUUGGGAGCGAGGACGAGGAGGCGGGUGCCGCUCCUGUGGCUUCGCCAUGUGCUCUCGCCCCGCGUCCUCGGCUCCUCCCUCCUCGGUAUCUACAUGCCAUUAUGCCAAGAUCUCCCACUCUCCGAUCUGACCAGGGCCGGGCCACCGCAGCCAUUUGCGUCUGCUCUUCCCGAAUCCCUGUCUCGCUUUGCCCUCCGUUUCUCCAGCUAUAAAGCCGGGGGGUCCUGUGGCGUGUGACCUUUUUAUACCGGAUGUGCAGCGCAGGGUCAACUUCGUCAGGUUUCUUGGCUCCAACAACCUUCCUGGGUCACUCUCCAGUCAGUCAAUCUCAAACUCUCCAUGCGGUUUCAAAACAUUUGAUGGCAACUCCGCUCCUCUGAAUUCGACUGCUACCCAGAAACUGUAAAGAGAUGGGGUGUGGCCCAUCAAUCCCCGACAAGUACACGAUAGGUGGGAAGGGGCGCAAGCGCCGGAGCGUCAUACAGGAGGUUGCCGUGUUCGUGCCCACCAUCCGCAUCCCAGUGGCCUCUGACAUAGCUCAUCCGCUCAGGGGAAUAGUUUCCAAGGAUCUUGUCGACCGACUCUCCACACUCCGUGCCCAUGUCGCCUCGCUGGCUGAAGAAAUCUAUCACGCGGACGUAUCAGCUGUUCAAGAACUGCAGCAUGCGCUAGAGGAGUACUUGCCAGUUGUUCUUGGUUUAACAACGAAAGAGAGCCGUCUUGAAUCGUCAGUACAGUUCAGAUGGAAGACCUUAGACGACGACCAGGAGUGUUGUCUGGCGAGCGCGUGGUAUGAGGUGCUCUCGGUGGUCCACAUGAUGGCCAUGCUUGCGUUGUUUGAGGCUAACCUAUUGCUCAUCCCAAAGAGCAGCCAAGGUGGUGGUGAAAGGAAGGUAGCAGAAGACGCAAAGAAGGAUGUCGUCGAUUCAUUGCUCAGGGCGUCGGGAUGCUUAGACUACUCCGUGCAUCGCAUACUUGUUCAGAUACCUGCGCAAGUCAAGAAGGGUUUUCCCAGUUACUUGCAGGAGGGCAUGCUUGAGGCCAUCUCAAUUCAGGCAUUGGCUCAGUGUGUGGAAAUACAGCUUGGCUUGGCUUCUGAAUGUGAGAAGGCAACGCUGUCAGUAAAGAGGAGGCUAGCUUGUGAGCAAGUCAGCUAUUUUUCUCAGGCUCACUAUUGUCUGUCGGGAUGCGAUACGAGUGACUCGUACGGGAAGAAGCUUCUGCUGUUCCUCAAGUGGAAGUGGAUGGAGGCCAAGGCUGUAGCGUAUUACUACCAUGGUCUGGUGCUCGACAAGGGCGGCGAACCGGCAAACCAUAUCAGUGCAGUCUGCUGCCUCUCUGCAGCUGAUGACCUGCUCUCAGACAGCAAAAGGGCUUGCUUGAGUUUUUGCUUGGCAAAUCCUGUCACGAGGGUGCCUCCUCCUUGGGGUGUCAUGAAAAACAUGCACAAAAAGAUCCCAGAUGUCGCUUACAAGAAGUUCCAAGCGCACGGGCAUCUGUUUGAGCAAAACAAGAACAGCGCACUCCAAUCCGUUCCUGACCUACCAGAGUUUGCGCUGUCGCUGAGACCGGAUGGAUACGAGUUGCCAAGCACUGAUUCGAUCUGGGAUAAUGUUGAUGGCCAACCUCAGAUUCAAAGCCUCAAGGAGCAUAUGAUAGAUGACGAAGAUGAAGUAGGCACAAAAUGAUAGUUCUCACUUCCAAAUGCUUCUUUUCAUUGUACCACCAAAAGUAGCAGAGCUCAAAAACGCUUAAUCCAAAAUGUUUUGGAUUCAGCAUAUGGCUCAACUGAAAAAGGAAUCGCGAUCUCUGUAUUAUUGCAAGUAUUACCAUAUGAUAUAGUAAAGUCUUAUGUGUAAUAGAAUCAUAAAUAAUAGUUGGUUUCUUGCUGUAAUCGCCUUUAAUUUUA